AGAAAAAGGAGAAGCCAUUAGUGUACGACUCUCGGUUUAUUCCCCUGGCCAUGGUCCACUUCCUGGAUGACAUGGAAAGGAAAAAGCCCAUUCAGUUCACCUCUCAGCAACUAAGAAUAGCCACCGACAACUUGACCAUCAAACUGGGUUCAGGUAGGUUUGGGACGGUUUACAAGGGUAUCAUCAGUAACAACACACCUGUAGCAGUCAAAGUGUUAAAUGGGACUUCCGACAAGAGCAUUAUGCAACAAUUCAUGGCGGAAGUAAGCACCAUGGGAAGAACACAUCACUUUAAUCUAGUUAGGCUUUACGGGUUUUGCUUUGAGUCAAGUUUAAGAGCUCUUGUAUACGAGUUCAUGGUUAAUGGCUCUUUGGAUAACCAUUUGUUUAAAGAGGACAAAAAAAGUAUUAUAGGGUUGGGGAAGCUCCAUGAGAUUGCACUGGGGACGGCAAGAGGUAUCACAUACUUGCACGAAGAAUGUCCUCAAAGAAUAGUCCACUACGAUAUCAAACCAGGAAAUAUUAUGUUGGAUUCCAAAUUUUGUGCAAAAGUAGCGGAUUUUGGUUUAGCCAAAUUUUGUAAUAGGGAUGACUCUCAUAUAACCAUGACUGCAAGACAAGGUAACCCAGGCUAUGCAGCACCCGAGCUAUGGAUGGCUCUUCCCGUCACACACAAAUGUGAUGUUUAUAGUUUCGGGAUGCUACUUUUUGAGAUCAUUGGUAGGAGAAACAACAUGGAUACGAGCCUUGGUAAUAGCCAAGAAUGGUUUCCUGUAUGGGCAUGGCACAAAUAUGAAAAGAAACAAUUGAAAGAUUUGAUGAUCGCUUGUGGGAUUGAAAAUAAGGACAAAGAAAUUGUGGAGAGGAUGCUUAAGGUGGCUCUUUGCUGUGUUCAGUAUAAGCCAGAGGCUAGGCCUGUGAUGAGCAUCGUUGUGAAAAUGUUGGAAGGGGCUUUAGAGGUUCCGGAUCCUCUAAAUCCUUUUACACAUCUGUUUUCGGGGGUAAGUGAAGCAGGUAAUUCUUUGGCUCAAAUGGCAUGGAAUGUUGGUGGCUUAGAUUGGUCUUCAUCUGAAGCAUUAUCCAAAUCUACAAUAGUAAACGAAACGGCCUAUAAAGAAACUAAAUAUGAGAUCACAGUUACAUCUGUGUAGUCACAUUGCGCGAUAAUGUAUCAAUCGCUAUGAUUGUUUAUAAUAAAGAACUCUUUGGUUGUUAUUGGAA